AUGCAUUUCUCAACUCUCUUCAUUGUGGCUAUUGCCACCGGAGCACCAUUUGUAUGCGGAUCCCUUUUCUAAUAUCAAAAUCUUCACUAAUCAAUCCUAGGCAUUCGCAGAAGAACAAAAACACGGAGAACACAAGUUCAGCAAAUCCGGCCAAGCUUCUGGCUCCGUUCGACCUUUCCCAUCACCAUCUGGAAAGCCACACUUCACUGUCUCUCACCAUGCACCAACCUUCAAGCCUUCCGGGCACUCAAAACCCAGUGGACUUUCCAAGCCCAGCGGACUCCCAAAACCAAGCUCCAUCUCCAUCAGCGUCGAAGACACCCCAAUGGACGCAGCCGAGAAACCAAAAGCAACUGGGAAGGCACCUGGAAAGGCAUCUGGCAAGCCAUCCCUCGUAGCCCACAGUGGCAAGUCUGCACCAACAAUCUCCUUCAAGCUCCCAACCCACUCCAUUCAAGCCCACGCAUCCGGAAAACCUACCUUGAAACCACUCACCAACCUCCCCCACCCCAGCGGAAAGCCCAAGACUAGACCUUCCCCCCUCAGCACCGCAACCGCAACCGUCAUCCCCCUCCCAGAAGAGACCACCACCGAGACCAGCGAGAAGACAAAGCGCUUCAACAUGAACGCUCGAGAAAUCGAUGACUACGAGUCCCCACCCAUCAUCGCCGCGUCCGCAUCCACCAAGGUGAAGGCUACUCACACCAAGGCCCUUCAUUCCUCAGUCAAGUCUGCACACGCUGUUCAUACCGGCAAGGCACACUCUAUCAAGUCUUCUCCGGGCCAUGCACAUGCUACGGGUGGGUUUGCGCAUCCUUCUGCGCACCAUGGACACCAUGGGGGACCUAGUAGAUUUGUGACGAGCAAGAAGAUUGUGACGCGCACUGUUUCUGCGACUGCGUCUGGGAAGAAGGGGAAGCCUACUUUGAAGGCUGAGUAA